AUGACUAUGACAACAGUUAUUACGGCGGAGAAAUCAAAACGUUGGAAUGUGAAUGGCUUUGAGGGCAAAAGAGAAAAAAGAAAAUCGUUGAUUAAGGUGACCGGACGUGAUGAUCGGCCUGUCGAGGCAGCCACGGUAAAGAGCACGGGUCUCAAACACAUCGGUAAAGCUAGUGACAAAGGUCAGCCGGUCGUGAUCGGCCGAUCUUCGUCAACCAGCUGCGGUACCAGGAGGUCUGUGCCGACAAUAACCCGGGUAGGUGAUCAGACGGCAGACCCUAACCAAAUGACGCCAUUAAUGCCGUUCACGCCCCGGACCCGAACCCAGCCACAAAUGACUUCCACAGACAGAAAAUGCACGACCAAGAAGUGGAGGUGCAACGAUGAUAUAGAGGACGAACCGGCGACGGACGAGUCUAAUAGCAUCGGGACGGUAUGGCAAGACAUCACCUUGCCCACGCGACUCGCAAAGUACCAAACACCAAUAGACCCAGUCACAAAGUUCUUUCUGAAAAUGACGUCCUACGAUAGAUGGAGAAGAAAGCCCGCCGACAAAUGCACCACACCUUACUAG